AGAGUGAGAGUGAGAGAGAGUGAGUUCUGGUUCAGCUCAUCCACACAAGUAUUUGAAGGUGGUCGAGGACACAGCGGUGAAAUCAUGUUUGGUGUAUUUGUACCUGUGCUGUUGCUGCUGCUCCCAGUGGCAUCUGUCUCCUCCCCCUCCAGACCGCCGCCCAGAUACUGCCGCAGAUGCUGCGAUCAUCUGGACCUGCCCAUAAACCCCGCCUCCCCGCCGGCAGCCUAUCAGACUCCUGAGAUCCGCACUGUCAUUAACAUGACCAUCCUGAAAGGUGAGAAAGGAGACCGUGGUGACCGAGGAACUCCUGGGAAAGCCGGAGUUGACGGUCCCCCAGGAUUCAGAGGUGUGACGGGGCCCAAAGGCAGUAAAGGGGAAAGCGGCGCCCCUGGAGACCCCUGCAAAAUCCAGCAGUCGUUGUUCUCCGUGGGACGACGCAAAGCUCUACACAGCGCCGAUUAUUACCAGACCCUGGUCUUCGACACGGUCUUUGUGAAUCUGGGCGAACACUUCAACAUGUUUAAAGGGAAAUUCUACUGUUUUGUAGCGGGAGUUUAUUUCUUUAACAUCAACAUUCACACCUGGAACUUCAAGGAGACGUACCUGCACCUGAUGCACAAUGACCGCGCGCAGGUGAUCCUGUACGCGCAACCCAGCGACCGCUCCAUUAUGCAGAGUCAGAGCGUCAUGCUGCCGUUAGAACUCAACGACGAGGUGUGGGUGCGACUCUACAAACGCGAGCGGGACAACGCCAUUUAUAGCGACAAUGCGGACAUUUACAUCACCUUCAAUGGACACCUGGUGGCACCUAAAGUGUAGAAGGACAAAUCACAGUCUUGAACAACAGCCUGUGAAGAUUUGUGGAACACGUGUAAUUGUAAUCAUUUGAGAACUCUGCUGGUGUACCUUCACCUCAUUGGGAAGAAAUGCUCAUACAUGUAACACGAAAAGCUCAGAUUGUCCUUGAAAGGUUGUUUAAAGACAUUUGACAGUGUUUUAUUUGAGCUGCUGAGCAGCCUGUAGAUGAACAGUAAACAAAACUUUUACUCAAAUGUUCUAGUAGAUUAUUCUAGUCAACUGGACGAGUUUCUCAGUCCCUUUAUCAUCUUCUAGAACAUCCUGCACUGAAUUGGACAGAACAUUUACUUUCAACAUCAUUCAGAAAGAAAAACUCAAUUUUGAUAAAGUGACAUUUAAUAAGUAAUAAAUAAAAAAAAUAAAAAAAAUGACCUAAUAAUUAAAUGAGUGAAAUUAACCAUAAAAAAAAAAAAAGGCUUGGUUUUCUUUUUGAAACCAUAGCCUAUACUUAUUUAGAAACAUUUCUUUGCUGCUUGCAUUUAUUUUUUUAAAGUAUAUUUUUUUCUCCAACUCUGCUUAUCGUUUUUCCAUCAGAAGUGCUUGACUUGGGGUGAAAGGUUCAUGGAAAGACGCAGUUUGCGUUUGAUUUUCUCAGAAAAAAUGUAUGCCUUCAAACGUGAGUGUUGGACAGUUUGUUAUUUGAUAUGAGCUCUAUAAUUUAGCUUUCAUAAUUUAGUAUAGGCAUCGGUAAAUCACGUUCAGUUGAUACCCUGAUAGCACACGUGCGUCUCCGAGAUGUCUGUUUAAGAGCGUUUCAUCUGGAAAGCAUCGCAUUUUAAUUAACAUCUGCUAAACAUCUUAAAAAGAUCUGAUUUACAAACAUUCCAAAUCAUAAACAUCUCAAACACAUCUGCUGAAUGUCUUAUUGACAUCUGAGAGGAAACGUCAAAUAGAUGUAUUGCAGAUGAGCAAACAACCUGAAAACUAUGUCUUCCAGAUGUGAACACAUAUCAGAUAGACGUCUGGGAGAUGAACGUGUGCUGUCAGGGUAACGUACGGUCAAUGCUAAUGCUGUUAAAUCCAUAAAUAAACACAUCGCGGGCAGCUGCGUACACAGUACAGUACAAAGGGGAAAAAAGAGUAAAACUUCUACACUCAUAUCAGACCAUUUUUAUUGACUUCUUGAACUGUUUGAUUCACAAAAUAGCGUCAUAUGACAGCAAGUCCUCACUUUCUUUGCGAUGCUAUUGUGCUUGCUAAAUCAAGAUUUUACGACGUGAAUCCACUUAAUUCAUAAAAACAAUUUCUUUACUGUUCCCCAUAGAUAUCAACAGCAUUUACUAGCGAGUCUGGUGUCUACCUUACACGGCGUUUUCUUGGGAUUGAACAUGUACACGCCCCCUAUUUACAAAUGUUUGUAAUUCACUAACAUCCACACAUAAUCUGGGGAGUACAAAGCGUUUGUGAAUCUGGCGGAAAGUUUUGGAAGAUCCAUUUUACACUUAAAUUACUCCGAAUUUACACAUAUAAAUUUACGUAAGUUUCAUGAAUGAGGCCCACCGUACGAAUAAAGCAGUGUUUUCAUCCCAUAUGUUUAAGUGAACAAAAUCUUCACGUGCGGGGAAAUUGGCACAAAAUAUCAAUGGAAACAGAAGUUGAAGUUUUAUUAAAUGUAAUGAAUUACUUACAGACAAAACGCUCUGAUGAACUUCAUGUUUGCUAGCGUUCAGCGGCAGAAGUGAAAGCGUGUCACACAGUUCUGGGAGGAUAUAAUAGACAAUCAUUUUAAUGACUGAUUUUGACAUUCCAGAAUAACCAGAGCAAUUUUUCAGAUGCUAUGCUAGGAUAUUGAUGACAAUCUGUAAGUGAAUUUCCAUGAGUGCCUCUUAGACCAAGAUAUGUUUUGUGUCUAAGUAUCACAAUUAUCGAGAAAACAGUAAAACACCACGGCAAGUGAAUUUAAAGUACAGUAGGUAAAGUAUGGAAUAUAUGAAUAAACUGGCAGUCUGUAUUUGAACUGAAUGUUUUCUAGAAUCACUGGUGGACGUCAUCUAUGGCAGCUGCUUUGAGUGAUUUAGUGUUUGUCCUCUAAAGACUAUCAUUAUCUCUGUCGAUCUGGUCUCACAAAUAGUUUACAGCUGUAAUUUGACAAAAUCCAGGUUUUAGUUUCCCUGUUUGUGUUUUAUGGGACCUCAAGAGGAAUUGUGUACAUCUGUUUGAUUCACUCUUAAACUCUAAUCUAAAACUGAACAAUUUCAUGAAGUUGGGACACUUUGUGUUGUUGUAUUCUUCAUCAGGUGCGCUAAAUGACCACAUACUGUAUAUUCAAUGUUUCUUUGAUGCUGUUUCCAUUAACUGGUGCUAUAUUGUAUGUUUACACAGAAGUGUGCACUAUUUGCAGGGAAACAUAUAUAUUUCUUGUACUUUUCUUGUUUUGUUUUUUUUAUCUAUCUUUUAAAGUUUUUGUUUAUAAUGUUUACAUUAAAUCCAGCAACAAGACCAGU